AUGUAUGUGAAAUGGGUUGAAACAGUAAUGUUUUGCUAUGUCAUAUUUGUUUACAAAAAAAUGAGUUUUUAAAAUGUUUAAAUGUGCCGCCGGUUCUGGCCCUUGUAUGUCCUGAUGUCACAGGGACCGGAAGCCGGAGAAGAUGGCCGGGGAUGCUGCAGGAGGGACAUCGCGGGAGAGAAGGGCAAGGUAAGUGCUGCAGGGAAUCCCAGAACAACGCUGCAUGGUAAGCCCGAGUGUAGCUCGGGGUUACCGCUUUUGCUACACUCGGGAAUACCGCCAGGGAGGUUA